AAUAGUAAUGCUGUAUUUCACCAAUAGAUGUGUCUUAUAAUAUCGCAAAAUUUUCAUUUAUUGCGGAAAAUCUGGAAAUUCUAUAUGAUUUAUUUAGUAAAUUGAAAUUAUUAACAAAACAAAUGGAACAACCUAAUUAUUCAACUGACAUUGAGAAACAUGAGCAAUGGAUAUCACAGUUAAUUUCAGAUUUAAAUUGGGAUAGAAAGACUCUACUGGAAAAAGACAAAUUCACUUGUUGUUCAAACGAAAAAGGGCAUAGAAUGCCAGAUAAAAGCCUUAAGAAACACGAAAAUUAUUGCCUCAUUCGGGAAAAAGGUUAUACAGACAGUGAAAUUGACGAAUUAGCAUCGGCUGAAUCCAAAUUUGAUGAUUUUCAACCGCAAAGAAUCCCAAUAGGUUUGAGUAAUAAAAUUGGUAAAAUACUUUACUGUUCAAUUUCCUUAAUUUUAGAUUAUACUGAAGUUAUUAGGAUCAUAAAAGAGCAUCAACCUGGUGAGUUCAAUUUAUAUAUGAUAAAUUAAUCAUAUAUUAAUUAAUCUAUGAAAUUAAAAAAUUAUCAUUUUUAGAUGAAAUUUGUUAACUAUUGAUUAUUUUUGCAGUGAGAGCUGUAAAUUCGUCGAAAUUCGUGCUUUUGUAUCCUUUGUAUAUACCGUUUAUAAUUAAUUCCAUUUUCUAUUGACUUUUUAUGAUAUAUACUUUAAAGAAAGAAAUUUGAUACAAUGAAAACCGAUCAAUCUUAUAUUAUUUUAUUAUACAUCAUUACAGGUUUGGAUAUUACGUUGGGGAAUAUAAAACAAUUCUUAAGACCACCUGGAAAUGAAAUUGACACUGCUUUGUCUCAAUCCACUCAACUCGCACUUUACGAUUAUUUUAUGUCUUUGACAGAAAAGAACGAAACGCCUGUUCUCGAAUUCAAUCAAAAUGAUGGAAGUAAAAAGAAGAAAGAAAAAUCAGAAUUAGAAAUUCUAGCUGAACUGCGAGAUGCAAAGAGAAGAAGGCAGUCGUAUAAAGGAAAAAGCACACAUACGGGAUCUAAAAAUUACAGUGAAAUCAUUAGAGAAGUAAUCGCAAAUCAGAUGGAAUUAGUACAGCAUGAAUGGGAAGCGUCAUUACCUGAAAAAGAGCAUAAAACAUCUAGUCGCUAUUCAUUCGAGAAAAAGAGAAAACAUAGCAAGACUAGCGAUUUCAGAAGAGAUUAUUAUUCGAAGAGAAGAAGAUAGCUUUUAUGAUAAUUGUUUAUCUACAUGAGCAAUUAAAACUAUUUUUACUUAUCUUUAACUACAUUUUUAACUCGCGUUUUUUUUUCUUUUUUUAAUAAAAAAGCAAAUAAGACUUUUUGGGUUGGACGUAUUUUUUU